CAGGAAAGGGAACGACUCGAAUGGCAAUCUAUGCUUGCCUCAGUUCUUUCGGGAGAUGUUUUAAAGUCUGAGAAAACCCGCAUAGCAGUUGCGCUCGACUCGUUGGGCGAUGAACAGAACAAUUUUCAUCAAAGUAUUUGGCUGGGCGUCCGUGCCAAGUUUCAUGGUCGUUCGGUAGAGGAGGAGCGGAUGAAACUCGAAGAGAGGAGAGUACGGACAGUUGAUGCUGUUAUCGGCGAAAUAAUGAACUUUCGGGCAAUAAGGAAUGAAGAAGACAAUGGCAAAGAUAUGACGACGUCUGCGCUUCAGCAAGUCACAGCAGUUCUUCAACGUCUCGAGGUCGUCCAAUCCCUUUAUCCAAACCUUAAAGCCUUCUAUCUUGAUAAACCUAUUGCGGCCGAAGGUCCUUUUCAAGCUAGAUGCGACACUCUGAAUACGUGGUCUACCGUUCUCGUGUCCUUGAAGCACCAUUUUGAUCUUCUUCGUCGUUGGACAGGAAGCGAUACUUUGGAUGUCAACCAACCCAAUACUAGCCACGAAGUUCCCAUUGCUACCCACGGCGCCUCGAAAUCUGGAAGCCAACUCGCUGAUGGCACGAGUUUUGUUGAGCGUCUGCUGAAAGAGGAAUCCAUGCAACGCACUUUUGAAAAAGGUUUUCUCGUAACGGUCCACUCUUUUCUUGGUUCUGUGCGUGAUGCACAAGUCAACCUUUCCCCCCUCUUCAGAGAGAUGAAUCUCCCCACCUUUGAAAAUCAGUUGGUACCAUUGAUAUCUUUUCCGACGAAGCUCGCUCAGGCUGGUCUACGCUUGCGGUUGGACUACGUUCAGAAGCUCAAGGAUCCGGACAUGCUCAUUAUUGACCAAAUGACGGAAGACUUGAAAUUGAGCAUCGGGCUGGCUUGCACUCUAAAAAGACAAUACGAAGCCUUCCUGGCACCGGAUCCAGGAGGCAAUUGGAAUUUACCGCAGUGCAUCAGCGAAGAUUAUGAUUUAACGAUCCUAGAGGCCUUGACAAAUUUGUUCAAGUUGAUCCAUUGGAAAUUGAAAAGCGGGGCUAAAGGGGUUUACUUCAAAGAAACAGACGUUUUGGAAGCACAAUGGGCAACAUUCAAUGACGUCAGCUUGACUGCCGGGGGUUCAAGUUUAGUCGCUGAACAAUUGUGUUCACUGACCAACAAGCUGAUGGUGCGUGUAACAAAUUAUUUUGAUACGCAAGUGCGCAGGAAAAUGUCAGAUGAACAGAUAAUAAGCUGGUAUGGCAAAAUUUUAGACAGCGUGCGACUGCGCUAUCGGAAGUUGCAACGGUUUGCGAGGGUCCUUACUCAGCGCUUCAGCAAUUCUGCGGAGUACAGCAUCGAGGAUGUUCCUCUUGACCAUUUCAUCUCUCUUCUGAUCCUUUCUGAUCACUUCUUGGUGUAUACCCAUUCUUUGGAGGAGGAUGGGGUUUACGUCGUCGCGUCGAAUACUCUUUUCGAUCGUCCGGAGUCUAUUAGACAGAUCUUGACUCAAGCCUUCCACGUUGACGAAAUCACAAAUGAGGAUGGAACUCGUGCGAGCUAUGUGCUUGUCCUUUCUCCGCAGACUCAUUUCCUGUGGAAUGGUAGGGUGAUGGUGCUUGAUAUCCCUAAGGUUCAGUUGGAUAUGAAGGAUGGUAGAGUGAGAUUGGUCGCUGACGGACCUCAGCGACGGCUUGGGUUGUCCAAGCAGGCGUUUAAAGAGAGCCUCGAGCCGAUGGACGAAGAUGGGGAAUCUCUCCUAGAGCCUAUGACUCUGACCUGUCUGAAUGACGUCCAAGCUCAUCUUCCCAGUGUGAAUCGUGAGCUGAGGAAGAUCGCUCGUGCAACAAACCGUCUUGCCGAAUCGACUGUCGACUCUGUGCACCACGUCCGUAGUUCGUUGCGAGCAGCAAACGGUUGUCAAGAACUUCUUGGGAACUGGUAUUUGUUUGCGUCGGAACAUGGACAGCAUGCACACCGAUAUAUGGACCGCUCUUCGUUGCUCAAAUUCAACCGCUUAUUGAUCAAGUUGGCCAUAUCUUGGGUUUCGUUCAUUUGUGAUGACUGUGACCCUACAGAUCGCAAGACUUUCAAGUGGGCGGUCAAUGCCCUUGAAUUUACCCUACAUCGAACGAGAAGAAAUAUUCUGCACCUUCCAGACGAGCAAUUUGAAAUGCUGAGACACAAAGUCGCUAGUUGCAUGACGCUGCUCAUCAGCCAUUUCGAUAUUCUUGGAGCCCGCUCAACGUUGGAGGCUAGGAAGGAGAAGGAAAAACAAGAAGAACUCAUGAAAUCGCAGGUUUCAAAAAUUCAUUUGGACGAGGAAGAAGACUUUUCCUUUCCACGACAACGCGAUGCCGCUUUCAUUGAUUCAAGCACUCGACUGUUUUGGGAGAGAAUGUCAGGGGCGAUCCAUCAACUCGACGACGCUCGAGCCAUCACUGGGCUAAAGCACAGAACCUUGGGAAAGGUCCUUGAUGACGAGAAACCUGAAGAUCGUUCUUUGGUUUUUUUGGCAUCGUCCAGUUCCAACAUUUCUAUGCGUUGGCAGCAAGGCAGAUUCAUCGGAGCGGGGGCUUUUGGUUCCGUUUAUCUCGCUGUCAAUCUUGACUCAGGCUCGUUGAUGGCUGUGAAGGAGAUCAAAUUCCAAGAGCUAUCGGGUUUACCCAAUCUUUAUUCACAAAUCAAAGAUGAGCUCAGCGUCAUGGAAAUGCUUCACCACCCAAACGUGGUGGAAUACUACGGAAUUGAAGUUCACCGUGACAAGGUAUAUAUAUUCGAGGAAUAUUGUCAAGGAGGUAGUUUGGCUGCACUUUUAGAACAUGGAAGGAUUGAGGAUGAGGCUAUCAUUCAAGUUUACACGAUGCAAAUGCUGGAGGGACUUGCCUAUCUACAUUCCAGAGGUAUUGUCCAUCGGGACAUCAAACCAGACAACAUCCUCCUUGAUCACUUGGGCGUCAUCAAAUUUGUUGACUUUGGUGCAGCAAAGAUUCUUGCCAAGAACCAGCGGUCCAUCCAACGGUCCCGCCGAGCUCCAGACAUAUCGGUUAAUGGCCUUGCAAACGUUAAUGGCCUGGCCGUGAUGAGUAAUGGUUUAACGGGGACACCAAUGUACAUGUCACCUGAGAUAAUCAAAAAUGAUAAACGUGGGAGACACGGAGCAAUGGAUAUCUGGUCACUCGGCUGUGUUGUUCUCGAGUUUGCAACAGGGAAGAAGCCUUGGAGUAAUUUGGACAAUGAAUGGGCGAUAAUGUUCCACAUUGGUGUUGCGACGCAGCAUCCUCCGUUACCUGAGCCAGGUCAACUGAGCGAAGUUGGCAUCAGUUUUAUCAAACAGUGUUUGACUAUUGAUCCAAUGAAACGACCAACAGCGACGGAGCUUAUGGAACAUCGGUGGAUGCUUGAAUUCCGCGAAGCGCUUCUC